UUCUUCAGAAAUAACAAUUAUUUAAUAAGGCAAAAACUAAAAGUAAAGUAAUUUUGAAGAUCCCGCUCCCAGAUUUACAUAGACAAAAAGCAAAGAUUUCUUGUAGUUCUAUGCUACAGCCACCUAUUGAUGAACUAAACCUAGUGAGAGAGAGAAACUCACGAGAGAGUGAGAGUGUGAGAGUGUUAAUAAACUGUGAACUCUAUUUUUUUCAUCUUUUUAAUUUAUUUUAUUGUCCUUUUUUUAUAAUAACAAUGUUUUUUAGCAUUUUUUUAAAGCUUGUCAUAUUUUACUGUUUACUAUGGAACAACAACAUUGUUGCAUCAAACAUUAUUUUUGCAAAUACUAAGGAAUUAAGUAUGGUGCAUCUAGAUUCAACAAGAUUGGACACCUCUGUUGUGGUUGACAAUCUCGGUGAUGCCACUGCCCUGGAUUUUUGUUAUAAAGAACAAAUAAUCUUUUGGAGUGAUUUAGCCACUGAAAAGAUUCAAGGUGUUCGUUUAGGAAAUAAAUCUUCAAAACCAUUUGACAUAAUCAACACUGGUGUAUCUUCACCUGAUGGAUUGGCUUGUGAUUGGAUUACCAAAAAAAUAUAUUGGUCAGAUGCCGAUACUAAAAGAAUCGAGGUUGUCCAGUUCGAUGGAAAAAAUAGAAAAGUUUUAUUUUGGAAAGACAUUGAUUCACCGAGAGCUUUAGCAUUGGUACCUCAAGAAGGUUUACUUUUUUGGACUGAUUGGGGAGAUAAAGCCAAAAUCGAAAGAUCCUCUAUGGAUGGUAAACAUAGACGUAUAUUAGUGAAGAAUGAAGAAUUACGUUGGCCUAAUGGUUUAGCAGUUGAUUUUGCUGCAAGACGAGUCUAUUGGACUGAUGGAAAACUUAAAUACAUCUCUAGUGUCGAUUAUAAUGGAGGAAAUAAAAAAAUGUUUCAAACAAAUAUUGCUCAAGCAUUUGGAUUGACACUUGAAAAAGAUUUGCUAUAUUUAACUGAUUGGACAAAUAUGGGAAUAAGUUCAUGUAACAAAGUUAGUGAAAAGUGCAAAAUGCUGAUUCCAAGUAAUAAACAUCAAGCAAACUAUGGAUAUCCUUCGGGUAUCAAAGUCUACUCACCUUUACUGCAACCUGAUUUUAUAUCCAACUGUUCUGUCAAUAAUGGUGGAUGUUCUCACUUGUGCCUUCUUUCUUCUGACCCACCAUAUUAUUCAUGUGCCUGUCCAACUGGUGUUCUUUUAACAUAUGACAAUAAAACCUGUGCCAAAAGGGAAGAAAAGUUUAUUAUUUUGUUAAGGAGAACUGAUAUUAGAAAAAUAUCAUUAGACACUGAAGAUCAUACUGAUGUUGUUUUGCCUUACCCCAAAGAGAUUGCCCGUGCGAUUUCUCUUGAUUAUGAUCCUAUCGACGAUAGAAUUUAUUGGACUGAUGACGAUGCUAAAGCAAUAAGACGAGCUCAUCUCAAUGCCACUCAAUUUGACAAUGUUAUAAAUAGUGAUUUGAAUCAUCCAGAUGGUAUUGCUGUAGAUUGGAUUUCUCGGAAUUUAUACUGGACUGAGGCCGCUGCAAUUCGUGUAUCAAGAAUUGAUGGAUCUUAUCGAAAAACACUAAUAUCAAAAGACUUAGAUAAACCAAGAGCAAUUAUUGUUAACCCAUGGAAAGGUUUAAUGUUUUGGACUGAUUGGGGAUCUGAUCCAAAAAUUGAAAGAGCUUCUUUAGAUGGUAGUAAAAGAGAAAAAAUUAUUUAUUCUGAUAUAAUUUGGCCAAAUGGUCUCGCCAUGGAUUUGGACGAAGAAAAAUUAUUUUGGGCUGAUGCUAAAAUGGAUAGAAUUGAAACGUGUGACUUUAAUGGCGGAUCGCGUAAACUUUUACUCGAUAAAAUUUCUCAUCCUUUUGGACUCACAGUUUUAGAUGAUUACGUCUAUUGGACUGAUUGGCAUGAUCGAGCAAUUCAUCGAACAGAUAAACGUAUUGGGGGCAAAAAAGAAGUUUUUGUCGAAUCGAUUUCAGACAUGAUGGGUCUAAAAGCCAUCUCCCUUAAUCAAGAUUUAGGUUUUGAACUUGAUCUUGGAUGUUACAAAAAUAAUGGUGGCUGCAAGCAUUUAUGUCUUGAUAGGUAUCAGAAACCUUUUACUUGUGCCUGUGCAAACGGUUGGGAACUUGACUUUGAUGAAAAAUCUUGUAAACGGAUGAAAACAACUACACCUCUUCCCUCUUUCUCUACAUCAAGAAAACCACUAUCAAUGUUCACAUUUUCAAGGAAACCAUGUCCUGCUGAUCGAUUUGCAUGCGUAUCUGGUGAAAUUAGUUGUAUUGAUCCAAGUCAUCGGUGUGAUGGCGAUAAGGAUUGUACUGAUGGUUCUGACGAAAUGAACUGUUCUAUUUGUCCUGAAGACAAAAUUUUAUGCCCAUCAAACCCAAGUUUAUGCCUUGAUAUAGACGAAAUCUGUGAUAAACAUUCACUUUGCAGUGAAUUAAACGAAGAAGUUACUAGACGCUGCAUAAAACAUCAUAAAGCUUCAUUCUCCUCAUCAUCAUCAUCAACAUCAUCAUUACCUUCGUCAUCAACCUCUACUGUUAAUAAUAUAUUAAAGUCAACUAGUGGACUCCCAUUGUACGGAGUUGCCCUUGCUGUCUGCAUUGUUAUUGCGAUUUGUGCGCUAGCAUGCAGAAUGACAGUCGUAGUGCCUAACAAAGAGCCUUCUUCUGAUGUUCCUUUGAUGAAUCAAAAUUUACAAAUUAAUGUUGCAAGUGCGGCAAGAAUGUCCUACAGUCCUCCACAGUCCUCGGUCGUGCCUAUAGCUGAACCACCGCCUGAUGUUGUGUCAUCUUAUUAUGGUAGAGAUUCAAGUCGAUAUGAGACAAAUUCUGUUUGCUCCGGCAAUGAAUCCGUGCAAACCUAUCUUUGUGUCCCACCGCCAAGUCCUGUUACAAACGUUUCUGUUUGUAGUUACGCAACCAAAUGUCAAUCAAGUGAUUCAGGUGUUUAAUUCGAGCGCAAAAAUAAAUUCCUUCAGCGCUUCGAAUCUUUACUUAACAACUCUUUUUUUGUUUUGACUUGUAAUUAUUUUUGCAAUGGUGCAAAUUUGUAAAUACUUUUUUAUAUUCAUAUUGUUUAUCAAUCAUUGCAUUUGUAGUUUUCUUAUCAACUUAUGUACAGUCAUCGUCCCUCAUUCCCAUAGUUUUUUGUCAUAAAUGUUCAUUCAUAAUAAACUAAAUUUCGAAAAGAUCAAUAA